AUGGCGACGGCGCGCGGCAGCGGCGGCUUCCCCCGGGCGCUGCCGCUGCUGUUGCUGCCGCUGCUCCCGGUACUGCUGCUGCUGCUGCCGCCGCUGCCGCUGCUGCUGCUGCCCCGCGCCGCCGCCGAGCAGGUUGUCCUGCUGGACUCAAAGGAAUCGCAGGCGGAGCUGGGCUGGACCUCGCACCCGUCCAACGGGUGGGAAGAAAUCAGUGGUGUGGAUGAGAAUUACAAACCCAUCCGCACCUACCAGGUCUGUAACGUCAUGGAGCCCAACCAGAACAACUGGCUGCAGACGGGCUGGAUCGCCAGGCGUGACGGCCAGCGCAUCUUCAUCGAGCUGAAGUUCACCCUGCGGGACUGCAACAGCAUCCCUGGCGUGAUGGGCACCUGCAAGGAGACUUUCAACCUGUACUAUGUCGAGUCUGACUCUGACCUGGGCCGUCACGUCCACGAGAGCAAGCACACCAAGAUUGACACCAUUGCCGCUGAUGAGAGCUUCACGCAGGGGGACCUGGGUGAGCGUAAGAUGAAGCUGAACACCGAGCUGAGGGAGAUUGGGCACCUGAGCAAGAAAGGCUUCCACCUGGGCUUCCAGGAUGUGGGUGCCUGCGUGGCGCUGGUCUCUGUGCGGGUCUAUUACAAGAAGUGCCUGAGCACCGUGCAGAACCUGGCCGUGUUCCCGGACACGGUGGCAGAGACGGCCUUCGCCACGCUGGUGGAAGUUAAGGGCACUUGUGUGGCUCACGCUGAAGUGGACGUGGAUAACCCCCCCAGGAUGCACUGCAGUGCAGAGGGCGAGUGGCUGGUGCCCAUCGGGAAGUGUGCGUGCGGUCCUGGCUUCGAGGAGAAGGACGGGGGAUGCAGAGCUUGCCUUCCUGGAUUUUACAAGCUUUCCCUCCGGCUCCCUCUCUGCUCUCCUUGCCCUGAGCACAGCUUCACGCAUGAGGAAGCCUCCACGUUCUGUCUGUGCCAGAAGAACUACUCCAGGUCUCCCUCAGACCCACCAUCUGCCUCCUGCACACGUCCGCCCUCCGCCCCGAGGAACCUGGUCUACAGCCUGCGGCAGUCAUCGCUGGUGCUGGAGUGGAGUGCCCCUGCCGACGCGGGCGGCCGGAGCGACCUGACCUACAGCCUGUGGUGCGGACGCUGCCCGGCGGCGCUGCGGGGCCGCUGCGAGCAGUGUGGCAGCAGCGUGGGCUUUGUGCCGCAGCAGACGGGGCUCGUGGAGCGGACUGUCACCCUGGUGAACCUGCUGCCUCACGCCAACUACACCAUCCGUGUGGCAGCCGUCAACGGCGUCUCGGCCCUCAGCCCGCUGGCAGGGCAGCAGUACGCCGAGGUCAACGUCUCCACUGGCCUCGCAGCACCAACUCCUGUCACUGACAUCCGCACGGAUAAGGUUGAGCAGAAGAGCAUCUCCUUGUCCUGGCAGGAGCCAGGCAUCCCAGCCACCAACAGCACCGAGUAUGAGGUCAAGUACUAUGAGAAGGAUCAGAGAGAUCAAAGUUACUCGACUGUGAAAACCACCUCCCCAGCCGUGACGGUCAAUAACCUGAAGCCUGGCACCCUCUACAUCUUCCAAAUCCGCACCUCUUCCUCGCCGGACUACGGAGGCUCCAGCCCCAGCAUCGAAGUGGAGACGCUGGCAGAGCUGACGGUGGCGUCCAGCGAGCAGAAUCCUGUCCUCAUCAUCGCGGUGGUCGCCAUCGCGGCGCUGACGGUGCUGGUGUCCUUGGUGAUCGGUGUGAUGGUCUGGAGGAGACAGUGUGGGUACAGCAAGGCCAGCCAGGACGGGGACGAGGAGCUCUACUUCCACUUUAAAAUACCCACCAGGAGGACGUACAUCGACCCCGACACAUGUGAGGACCCCAUGCAGGCUGUGCACCUCUUUGCCAAAGAGCUGGAUAAUGCCAAUGUCAAAAUUGAGAGGAUCAUUGGGAAAGGGGAGUUCGGGGAGAUCUGCCGAGGCUGCCUGAAGCUGCCCAGCAAGCGUGAGCUGCCCGUGGCCAUCCAGACCCUGCGGGCAGGCUGCUCGGAGAAGCAGCAGCGCUUGUUCCUGGCUGAGGCCAGCACCAUGGGCCAGUUCGACCACUCCAACGUCAUCCGCCUGGAGGGGGUCAUCACCCGAGGGAGCACCAUGAUGAUAGUGAUGGAGUACAUGGGGAAUGGUGUGCUGGACUCGUUCCUCAGGAAACACGAGGGACAGUUCACAGCCACCCAGCUCAUCUGCAUGUUGCAGGGGAUCGCCUCUGGCAUGAAAUACCUGGCAGAGAUGGGUUACAUACAUAAGAGCCUUGCUGCCCACAAAGUCCUGGUGAACAGCAGCUUGGUGUGCAAAAUAACUGGUUUCAGACAGCCACAAGAAGAUAAGAUGGAGACCAUCUUCUCCACCAUGCGUGGGAAGAGCUUGGUGCUGUGGUCAGCCCCUGAAGCCAUCCAGUAUCACCACUUCAGCCCAGCCAGUGACGUCUGGAGCUUCGGCAUCGUCAUGUGGGAAGUCAUGUCCUACGGCGAGAGACCCUACUGGGACAUGUCCAACCAGGACGUGAUGAAGGCUGUGGAGGAUGGGUUCCGCCUGCCUGCCCCGGUGAACUGCCAGCCUCCCCUCCACCAGCUCAUGCUCGACUGCUGGCAGAAGGAGCGCAGCCAGAGGCCCAAGUUCUCGCACAUCCACAACAUCCUGAGCAAGAUGGUGCAGAGCCCAGAGCCCCCGAAGUGUCCCACCUCCACCUGCACCAGGUCCCGCAGCACCUCCAUCCCCCUCACCCAGCGAACCUUCUCAGCCUUCCCAUCCUUUAGCUCCGUGGGUGAGUGGCUGGAAGCCAUAGAAAUGGGCAGGUACAAGGACAACUUUACUGCUGCAGGCUACUGCUACCUGGAGUCGGUGGCCAGGAUGACAGCCCAAGAUGUGCUCAGCCUGGGGAUCACGCUGCCAGAGCACCAGCAGACCCUCCUGAGCGGCAUCCAGACCCUGCGGGCGCAGGUGAUCCAGAUGCACGGCCGAGGCGUGCAGGUGUGAACAGCCCCCGCGGAGCUGCAGCGCCCUGACCCAGCUCUCGUGGAGGACGGAGCCAGCCUCAAACCAGACCAAAUCUCUGAAGCCUGCUGGUCUCAGGUGGGUUGCAGGAGUCACUGGGCUGCUGCUGAACAAGUCACUCCCUGUGGCAAGAGAGCAGAGCUUCCUGUCCCCCGUGCUGGGGCGGGGGUCCUGGAGGCAAGCGGUGUGCCAAGGUGGACUCAGCUCUCCCAGCACUGGUUUGUAAGAUGCAGAGCUGCCAUCCCCUCUGGUAACUGGGUUGCAGGGUGGAUGGACAUUUGUGCACUGUUGUAAUCCAGAGCUGACAGCAUUUUCUAUCUUGCAUCCUACUGGUGAGAUCCAUGGGUAUUUUUAUACAAGCUGACAUGUUCUAGCAACCCCACGAGGAGCUUUUAUUGCUUUUAUUUUUAGAGACCAGAGCACAGCUCACACCCAGCACCCAACUUCUGGAAGGUGACUUUCCCCAUCUGCUAUGCUGAAGGAAAUUUUCUUCCAGCCGUGUCCCUUCCACUCCAAGGGUUCCUUCAGUGAGCCUUGGUGGUGAACAAAACCAAAUAUUCUCCACUGAAGUGCAGAGUAAAUGGUGCUGAAUGUUUCUGAGGCUCUCUUGGCAGGACAGUUGCAGGGGGAGAAAUGAAAAGCUUUGAUGAAGAGAGCCAUAGCUAGGAGAGAGCAAGCAGGAGCCCUUGGGCAGGGAAGGGAAUGGCAGCAGGAGUGUCCUGCUCUGCUGUCCCACUCACUUUCCCACUGCUGGGCAGAGGUCCAUGCCCAAGGACUGCAGUGCCAAUGCACCCUGCAGCCUCUGCAGUGGGAUGCACCCAGGUCUGGGUGCUUGAGGUAGUAGCAGGGGCUAUGCUAAAGGGACCAUAGACCCCAGGUGGGUGCUGGGGCUUGGGCAGAACUGGGCAUAGCAUCCAUGGCAUCCCUGAAAACUUGCUGUGCCAUCCAGGCAAUCCAGGGCACAUCAGCACUUUAUUUGGUUGCAGAAGUAGCAUGGUGCUGCCCUCCUCGCCCGCCGGCAGCUCCCGCUGACGCAGCCCUGAUCCCUGACGGAAGACAUGAAUAGCAUCUGCUUAAUAAUAGAACUUCCCUUGAAGUUACUUAAUUAAAUGGGUUUUUGCAGCCUUGUUCAGAGUUUUGUAGGCCUUUUAUUAUCAUCUGUAAGUAUUGCAAGUGAAUUAUUAAUGAUGAAAGGCAAAGAUUUACAAAGGCAAUGGAUGCUGUGGGAGAUGUUUGUGCUGCAGCUGGAAGCCUGCUCGAGUCAGAUCCUCCUGGCAGCCUGCUCCAGGGGAUGGGAUCUGAACCAGCACUGAACCAAGGACCCUAAGGCAGUCCCUUGCUCUGCCUUAGUGUCUUCCUUCUCUCUCAACUCACGGUCGAGCAGAGUGGCACAACUGUGGGUGCCAGUGGCUAUCUCAUGGGCCCUGGCACCAUAGGGAUCCAGCUUCAGCCUGGCAAAGCCUUAGUCGUGGUGCUUACAUUCUCACCUGCCCUCAGGCUCUUCUGGCUCAGAUGGUCCAGGAGUGCUCCAGACUAACAAGAUUUCACUUCUUUACAUAUUUUACCUUGAUUUUGUCAGAGAUCAGAACUCUCUGCCUGAUCUUCACCAACCACUGAAGUUGCCAGCUACUGCUGGUCUAUCCAUUCUCUGCCCCAUGCCCUGUUCCUGGGCAGUGCUGCAGUGAGCACUGCACACUCCUGAUGCUCUUGGCCUUGCCACGGUGCAAGCUGGUAGGGACAAGAGCACAAUUCCCUGUGCAGGAUUUGAGCUCCCAGGAGCAAACAUGAGGGUGGUUGUGAAGCAGCACAGGUAGGCAUGAGCAGAGCUGAGGCAGGAGCUUGUCCUGCUGGACCAGAGGUGCUGUUGUCUGCAGAUGCAAACGGGGCUGUCCUAGCAGCAGGUGAGUGCUGGGCAGAACUCCAGAGGUUCUCUGGAGGUAAACAGUCUCUGUCCUGCCACCUCUGCAGCUCAGACGUUCCCCUGUGUCACUUGGGUUGUUUUUUAACAGAAAUACUGUGUCUUUACUUUGGCCCUUGCCUGCUCUGCUGCCAUCCUGCUGCUCCACACCCAGAAGAGUAAUUAAUGGUGAAUCAAAACCUUCAUUUGGUAGAGAUGCCAGAUCCCGAGGAUCAAGUGCAAUUUGUAUGCUCUUUAUGUUUACAUUUUAUCUAUAGAGAAAGUUUAUUAUCGUUCUGCAGGCAGGGAUUUGGACCAACUUGAUUCCAGAGCCUCUCUCCCACCUCCCUGCCCUUGCCUUGUCUGCCAGCAUCUCCAGCAGGGAGGCCACUGCUGGGGAGGGCUGGCUCCAGCUUGGUGCAGCUGCUUUCAGGGAGGGCUGGGGAAAGCCAGGGCUUGGUGACAGAGCUUCUGUUUGCCAAACUGUCUGUGGAUCCCUUGGGGAGCUGUUGUGGCUGUGUUGGCAGGAGUCCCACAGCUGCAGGGCUGUGCCCAGGCAGCAGCCCCACAGUCUCCAGUGCUGUGUGCUCUGUAAGCAUGUGCUCAGUGCUGGAGCUGUCCCAGUGAAUUCGAGAUCAUCUUUCAAUCAUUUCUUUAGUCUUGCCCCCACUGGAUUAUGCUCUUGUGCUGCAUUCUCCAGCACAAUCAGAAAUGAAGGUGCAAUUUCUGUCUCUCUCAGCCCCCUGAACUGUUCCCAAAAGAAAUCCUGUGUUUAAUUACUUUUCUGACUCACUCUGUGGUGAGGGACUAGAAUCUGCUCCAUCUUUCUGGGGUGCAGCAGGUUCAGCAGAAACAAGAGGUGCUUACAUUCCUGGCCUCUCCUUCAGGAAAGCAAAGAAAAAGCCCCCAGUGAAGUCCUUCUAGCUGAGCUUGUUGCAACAAUAAACACUUUUAAUUGAGCUCUUUCCUCGUCUACUCUGAAGAUAAUAAAAUGAGCAAAUUAAGCUAUAGAUUGUUGUUAUGAUUUUAAAAUUAACUUGCAUCAUCUCAGCAUCUCUCUUUGGGGAGGUAUUCAAUGCCUUCUAAUUAAAUUAAUUAGCAACACUGUUUGGAAGCUGCUGGACCAAGGGAAAUGCCUCAAAACCAUUUCAGUCUUUGCCUAUCCAUCCUCUGGUGCUAUGCUCCUUCCCCUAAGCGCCUUCCUGCAUCUUUACUGCUGUGACCCUGACUCUGCAGCUGCUCCAGCUGCUGUGUCCUGCAGGAUCAGACCCUAUGGGGUGCACAGGGAGGACAUCCCCAGGGAUGACCAAAAGCCUGAGGCAGCAGUGGGGUAGAAGCUGUUCUGAAGCCUGGUGGGGAAGCUCUGAUCACAGCCCCCCCUGAUACAGCUCUGCCACCACAGCGCCCUGCAGCACCCCUGGCACGGAAUCAAAACUGGAAUCAAGUUGGUUCAUCUCCAGAUGCUUUUUGAUAUUCAUUAACCAUGUGUUAUAUACUGUAAAUACUUACUUGAGAAGUCAAUCUAUAUUUUUAUAAGCUCAAAAAAAAAAACCCAACCCCACCCAACCCCAAAUGUAAUAUAACAUCAUAAGGGACACUGUGUGCAUUUCAUGUUUGAAUUCCAGUCAGACAUCUCCAGGGAAUCACAGUUGGGUUGGGAUAAUUAAUGAUGAUAAUAACAACAGUGAUGGCAAAAUGGUAAUAAAGAUCUAUUGGCAUUUUUGUUAA